GCGCGCGCGCGUGUGUGUGUGGAGAGAGAGAGAGAGAGAGAGAGAGAGAGAGAGAGAGAGAGAGAGAGNAGGGGAAAGGUUAGUCACGUCCUAAGGGGAAGGUCAAAGGGGGAAGGGGAAGGAGAGCGGGAGGAAGAAAGAGAAGGAGAGCAAGGGAAGGAAAGGGAGAAGGAAGGAAGGAAGAGGAAGGAGGGAUGAGGAAGGAGGUCAAUAGAGAAGAGAGGAAAUAGCUGCGUGGGAUUGUGGGGCGGGGGAGAGGAGAGGGUUAGGAUGGGGAAGGUGACGAGAGCGGUAAAGUCGGUUACUCUUUGCGUGAGACCGCGGACUAAGGCGGAUACAUCUAUCAUUGGACGCGAGGGAUUUAAUCGGCAGGUCCGUUGUAAUAAUGCCACUUGGAAUGUUCAGAAGUUUGGGUACGCUAGCAAUGCCAUCUCUACGACAAAGUAUAAUAUGUUUACAUUUCUGCCAAAAGCUCUCUUUGAGCAGUUUAGACGGUUGGCAAACGUGUUCUUCUUGGCUCAAGCGGCACUCUCGCUGAUUCCUGACGUGACGCCUUUCAACCCCGUGACCCUGAUCGGGCCCUUGGUGCUAGUGGUGGGUGUGUCGAUCGCCAAGGAAUGGUUGGAGGAUUUCCGGAGGUUCCAGCUGGACGCGCAGGUGAACGCACGGAAAGUGAAGGCGCACGUAGGCGGGGGAGUAUUCGAAGCAAGGAGAUGGCGCGACCUGAGGGUAGGGGAUGUGGUCAUGGUGGAGAAGAAUGCCUUUUUCCCCGCGGACCUCCUGAUGCUCUCAUCCAGCAACAACGAAGCGAUGUGCUAUGUGGAAACAAUGAACCUGGACGGAGAGACAAAUCUCAAGCCGAAGAAGGCAAUCCAGGAGACGAUUCAUCUGAACACGCCGGAGGUUUUCCGGGACUGGCAGGCUACAAUCCAGUGUGAACAGCCCAAUCCCUCCCUCUACACCUUUGUGGCAAACCUGGAUCUUAGCACUGGAAUAGGAGGAGGAGGAUUAGGUUUGGGAGGAGGAGGAGGAGGAGGAGGAGUAGGAGUAGGAGUAGCAGGAGGGGGAAGGGUGUUUUCACUAGGACCAGCCAAUCUCUUGCUCAGAGAUUCGAAGCUGAGAAACACGUCUUGGGUGUAUGGUGUGGUCGUAUUUACCGGCCAUGACACGAAGGUUAUGCAGAACGCUACCGAGCCACCAUCAAAGCGAUCCCGACUGGAGAAACAGAUGGACUAUGUGAUCAUCGUCCUUUUCUGCACUCUUCUUGUGAUCUCGAUCAUCUCUGGCUUGGUGUAUGGUGUUUGGCUAGAUACCUUGGUCCCGGCAUUUUGGUACCUUGCCCCGGGGGAGAUGGAGACGGUCACUUUUAACACGCAGAAGCCUACACAAUCUGGCCUGGCGUUGCUUGUCACGAGUCUUAUACUCUACGGCUACCUAAUUCCCAUCUCGCUCUACGUUUCCAUCGAGAUGGUGAAGAUGGUUCAAGCUAUGUUCAUCAAUCAAGACAUAAGAAUGUAUCACGAAGACACGAGCACGUGGGCGCGUGCCAGGACAUCCAAUCUGAAUGAAGAGCUUGGACAGGUGGAGACUGUUCUUUCGGAUAAGACGGGGACGCUGACGUGUAAUGUCAUGGAAUUUUUGAAGUGUUCGAUCGCUGGAGUAUCGUAUGGAAGAGGGGUGACCGAAGUAGAAAGGGCGACCGCCAAGCGGCUGGGAAAACUCCUUAAGGUGGAAGAAGAGGGAGAAGAUGUUAUGGAAGCAAGCGGCGGAGGAACAGGACUGGAAGGGGCGUUGUUGCUGCAGAAGUCUCAGCAACAACAGCAGCAGUGGAUCGAGGUGUCCGGAGAUACAGACUCCGAGAUCUCUGGCGGAUUGGGUGGGGUGAUUGGCCGCACAGGGAAGAUGGAGCCCCACAGCGCUCGGAGCUCUGAGGGAGGAACUGGUGACUGGAUGACAACGAGUUCGACGAUAAUGACCAGCGUUGAGGAGACGGACGAGGACGAUCGUUCUCGAGGCGGGCUUCGCGAUGGCGGAAAGAAGAAGAAGAAGAGGAAGGGGAUUAGUGGCUGGGCAGUGGCGAAGAAGCAUUUUCAUCAGUCGAACUCCUCAUCCAUGUCCUUCUCAUCCUCGUUGUCAAGGCCAUUUAAGAAGAAAUUGGCUGGCGCCGAGAAGAAGAAGAAAGACAAACAUCGCGUGAAAGGGUUCAACUUCAAGGAUGAGAGGUUGCUGAAAGGAAACUGGAUGAAACAGAGCAAUCGGGAGCAGAUAAGAAUGUUUUUCCGCAUCUUAUCCGUAUGUCACACCGUGGUACCGGAAGUAGAUGACAGCUCAGGCGAGCUCAAGUAUGAAGCAGAAUCUCCGGACGAAGCCGCUUUUGUAAUUGCCGCGCAGCAGUUUGGCUUUGUCUUCGUGAAGAGAACACCAUCGGGGGUGCACAUCAUCGAGCCGAUGGAAGAUGCAGGAGAAACGCCCCCCGCGGACCAGCAUCACAGGGUAUACAAUGUGCUGGCUGCGUUGGAGUUCAACAGCACUCGCAAGCGGAUGUCUGUCAUUGUCAGAGAUCCGGAAAAUCAAAUCAUCUUGAUGUGCAAAGGUGCAGAUAGUGUCAUAUACGAGAGGCUAUCAGUGGCUGGGCGAAAAUACGCUUCUGUCACUGCCGAACAUCUCAAGCAGUAUGGGGAGGCUGGACUUCGGACACUGGCACUUUCAUAUCGAAUUCUUUCCGAAGAGGAGUAUCACAACUGGAAUACAACAUUUCAGGAGGCAAAGACAACAGUUGGCCCUGAAAGAGACGCCAAGGUUGAUGAGGCAGCUGAGGCAAUUGAACGAGAGCUGUUGCUUGUUGGGGCAACUGGGGUCGAAGACAAACUGCAGCCUGGAGUGCCGGAGGCAAUUGACCGACUUGCUCAAGCUGGCUUGAAAAUAUGGGUGCUUACCGGUGACAAAGUUGAGACAGCUAUAAACAUCGGGUAUGCAGCAAGUCUUCUACGGACAGGAAUGACACAGAUUGUCAUCUCUCUUGAUUCAGCAGAGGUGAAAGCUGCGGAGGAGGAAGGAGACAAACACAAGCUUUUCCAGGUUGCGAUUGCUAUUGUGACUACCCAGAUUGCUGAUGGCCUGGACCUUAUUCGAGCAGGGCAGGAGGGAAGGAAUGGGGUCAAGCAUGGAGAGGAGCCUGUGUAUGCACUUGUGAUUGAUGGGAGGGCACUGACAUUCGCUCUUGAUGACUCCCUGAAAGACAAAUUCCUAGAGCUGGCUGUGGGAUGUGCCUCGGUCAUUUGCUGCCGUGUGUCGCCAAAGCAGAAGGCACUGACUGUGAGAUGUGGUGGGCACAGUGAUGGGCAUGCAAUGUUCGACCGUCGACGCCUGAACGACGCACAAAGAUGGGAGAUUCAGAUGGAGGGCGGCAGCGACGACGGACGUGCGAAGUUGACGGCAAUCAAGAAGACGGCCGUGGCGGCGGCCGUGAUGACCAUGCUCUUUCGUUGUCAGCAGGACAGGGUGUUGGGCAGAAUGAGAGCGCAGAUCCGCCCACGGAGGAGGAAGAUGCUUCAUCAAGUCCCGGUCGAAGGGCUGGAUACUGUGGCCAUCACCGAGGCUGCAGUUCAGGUUUGCUGCACCAUGGGUUGCAGUGUUUUUCCACGAGCGACGCCGAGGUGGUGGAUGAAAAGGAGGACAGGGGGGGCGUGGGAGGAUCUCAGGAAAUGCGAUGAUGUGACAGAGUACUUGUGGGAGGAUCUCAGGAAAUGCCACGUCUUUCAAGCGAUGGCGAUUGCAUCCACUGUGGACGAACGCCCGCAGGAUGCGCUGCCGAUGUCGAUGUCGAUCCCUCGUCUUCUCUGCUCGAGGCUUCGAUAGAGGCCGGCCAUCAAUGAUAGAGGAAGCACACGUGAACAUCAGGACCACGGC